UAAUCAAGUAGUACAGUGAACAGCAAUCUUUUACUUUAUUGAGUAUUCUACCGUACUUUUGAAUAAGAUCAAUUACGUUUGCACGAGAUCCUAAGACUGGUUUAUUAUUAAUUAAAUCAUUUGAUUAUCAUGAUUUUCGCCGAAGUUGCAGCCCGUUGAAUUUUAUCUACACUAACACCAAAUGAAAUCACUUCCGACCCGCGUAUACGAUUAGCUGUGUGGAUUGCAUAUCCUCUGCUAUUUCCCUUUAAAUAUUAAAGGGAAGAUUUAAAGAUGUUAUCAAAAAGACAGAUACAUUUUAUUCUCGCGCACGGAUCGAUUAAAAAACAAGUUAGUCGUUUCUCACGGCGAUUUCUCACGUCUAAAGCUGAGAAAGAUGCAAAAGUGCGAGAGCAAUGGAAACCGACUGUGGGCUUGGAGAUUCACGCUCAGAUUGCCACCAAAUCGAAAUUGUUUUCCAACGCAUCCAGUGACUUUGUCAGCCCGAUCAAUUCCUGUGUCUCGUUUUUCGACUGUGCCACACCAGGAACUUUACCUGUGUUGAACAGAAAAUGCGUGGAGUCAGCAGUGCUGACAGCCUUGGCACUGUCCUGCCGGCUGAACGAGAUAUCCUUGUUCGAGAGAAAACACUACUUUUACGCGGAUUUGCCUGCAGGAUUCCAAAUUACCCAGCAAAGACAACCAAUAGCAGUCGGUGGUGAGAUCAACUUCUAUGUAUCCGAUCCUAGAAUACAAAAGCAACCGUAUUCGAAGUCCUCUAAAAUCAAGCAAAUUCAGUUGGAGCAAGACAGUGGUAAAAGUUUGCACAACGAAGAUAUGAAAAGGAGUUUGAUCGACCUGAAUCGCGCCGGAGUACCUCUAUUGGAAUUCGUGUUUGAACCAGAUCUGGUUGACGGCGAGGAAGCGGCCGCGCUCGUGAAGGAGCUUGCUUUUGUUCUGCAGAUAUUGGGCGUUUGCAGCAGCAAGAUGGAAGAAGGAGCGCUUCGCGUCGAUGCUAACGUCUCUGUAAGCGAUCGAGACGGGAAUUUGGGCGUUCGCACGGAAAUAAAGAAUAUUAGCAGCGUGCGUGCUGUAGCUGCAGCUAUCAAAUACGAAAUAAACAGGCACAUUUCUAUUCUCGAAGCGUGCGGUGAGGUAUUCAACGAGACGUGCGCGUGGGACGCUGCUAACAAGAGAACCAUUCCUAUGCGUGAAAAGGAGGAGAAAGAAGAUUACCGAUUCAUGCCCGAGACGAACCUGCCGCCUUUACGUAUACAUGUCAGAGAAGAUCUGCCGAACAAAGACAAUCUAGUCGACGCUGUAUUAUUGAGACAACAGUUACCUGAGUUGCCGGCACAGAUACGUCUGCGAUUAAAAAACGUACUUAAGAUAUCGCCUGCAAUAACUAUAGCUCUAAUGAGCGACUUGAAGUUAUUGCAAUUAUUUCAUAGAAUUAUAGAGAAAGAUGAGAAGCGUGAGCCGCAGCUGGUCGCCAAGUUUCUCGUCGUUCACGUAUUGACCUUCAUUUACAAGAAUAAGUUAACGAUUGAAUUCUGCGACCUACAUAGCGAUUUUAUUGGCCAAUUGAUUGAUUUGUUACAAAACAAAUUAAUUAAUUUACUAAUAGUAGCGAAAGUUUUGGAUAAAUUGAUAACCGAACCAAAGAAACUUCCGAGAGAGAUCGUCGAAGAACACAAUUGGUUCCUAAUAUCGGACAAGAAAAUAUUAGAGCAGAUGUGUUUAGAAGUUAUCGAGAAAAAUCCCAAAAUUGUAAGGAAGUACAAAAAUGGUAACAAGAAGGUGUUUGGAGCGUUUAUGGGACAAAUAGCAAGGAAUACGAACGAAUGUGCAGAUAUGGCUGCCGUUGCCACCAUUAUGGAGAGAUUAUUGAGCUCAAAUUGAAACGGAAUUAGUUUUGUAAUCAAAGAUAUUGUAAAUAACAGCGUUCUGCAAUAAACAAAACAUUCGAAUGCGUGUAAGAGCAAUUUUAUUAAUUACUUACCUUAGAUAUAUAUGGGGUCACAAUCAAUCGCACGUAUCGUUAACGAUUAUUGUAAAGAUAGAUAUUUAAGAACUGUAUGUUACAAUACACAAUUAAAAUACCAUUGCAAUGAUCGCAUUACAUUUAUACA